GCGUCUCCUUCCUUGAUUUAAGAGAGAGGGAGAGAGGGAAAAGUCAAAAUGUCGUCUUCCACAUCAUCGUUCCCGUUGUCAAGGCCUGCAGCUCGUAGAAGAAACGACUCUACUACUACCACUACAACACCAUCUUCCGGAGACCUCCUCAGGCCGGCGGUAGAUCCGGCUCCGAAUCCACGGCCCAUAUUUCAGUGGGUGGGUUUUGGGUUCAUCAUCUUUCUCUGUUUCCUCCAGUUCCUGCUGCCUGCUACCCAUUUCCGACACCCCUCUGACCCCCUCAGAGAAUGGCUCCCUUUUCCUUCCAAUCUUUCCCCCUCCUCCUCAUCUUCUACCAAUUCUAAGGCUUCAAGUGAUGAAAAUUCUGGUUACGUUAGAGCGCAUGGUGGAGAAGAUGGAAUGGUGCACAUCGUAUCAUGGAUGGACUGUCUGGACCUUCAAGUUCUUGCGGUUCUUAUUAACUCUACUUUAUCCAGUUCAAGAUAUCCAGAACUAUUUUCUUUUCAUUUCUUUGUCCCUGAAGGGCAUGAUGACAAAGUUUCCUAUUAUAAACUUAAAGUGCUAUUUCCACAUUCAAACCUUGAAAUUAUUUGGCAGGAGAAAGUUAAAGGACAAAUCAUGGCAGCUUAUUCUGCGGGAGAAUAUCCUAGGCCCUCAUUUCAUGAGAUGGCUCCUUUUGUUAUACCAACUGUCCACCCUACCUUAAGCAAGUUCAUAUAUGUCUCAACAAAUGUAAUCUUCAAGGGAGGAGUUGAGGAACUGCUUGGAGUUGACUUAAAGAAAUUUGCCAUCGCAGUUGCUGAAGACUGCUCUAAACGACUAUCUGCAUAUGUUAACUUUGAUGUCUUAGAUGCUAUUCAGAGAUCAGCUUCAAAUCCUUGGGUCUCUGGGACUCCUUAUUCAGAAGAAGCUUGUAUGCCAGACUUAAGUCUGGUUUUCAUUGAUGGGAGUAGGCUGGAAAAGAAUCUCUUGGAAGCCAUCCUGUGGUGGAGUAAAGUUCUGAAUAAGAGUGAAAGAGACAGUCCAAAUCCAGCAGUUGCACUUGCACUUUACAACAGACAUCUCAAACCAGACAUCAAUUAUAAAAGAUGGAUUCAUAGGUAUGAUGGGGGAAGAAACAUCUAUUCUGAAUCUUGUGGUGGUGCCAUAAGACCCGAUGUUAGGAAUCUAUGGAAGCAGUAUCUUCCGCCAAUGUCUGAUCAAAUAUUGGGCUACUGAGCAUAUUUGUCCUUGACGGAGCAGAAUGAUGAAAAAAAAUUAUCUAAUCAACCUCACUUGAAUGGGACAGAAGGCUUAAUUCGGUUUGUUUUGGUGAUGGAAGGUGUAUGAAGGAUCAUGCUUCUUGCAAACUAAACAACUAGUCCGGUGGGAUUUAAGAUAUGUACACUUUAGCCUUAGGUAGGGCCCAUUGUUUACAGUGAAAAACAUUGUUUUAAUAUUUACUAAUCCUUUAGGACUUGUUUGGAUAUGUUUAUUUUUAUUUUUUUAUGGUAGAAGCUAGAAACUGAGUUUGAGAAUUAUAUAGUUUGUCAAAUUGUGAGGGUCUAAUAAAGUGCUUUUAGGUAUGUAUUGUCUCGUUGUGGGAGUACAAAUACCCUUUUACUUCCAUUC